AUGACGACCACUCCCACUGCUCGUGAGCAUCUCCUAGUGGUGAGGAGGCGCAACCCACACAUGCGUUAUACUCUCUAGCCUGAAAAGCCCCUGCGCUCCCUCUCAGCCCAGGGCGGUGAUGGCAUUGGCCCUAGGGGUCACGGCGGGAAAGGUCAGCUGGUGAACGGUCAGGGGUCGGAGGUCAUGGAGAGGGUCAUGGUGGCCCGGGCUACAAGGGCCAAUAGCGACACGGACCUGGUGACCUCGGAGAGCAGGUCAUCGCUGACUGCGUCGACAUACGAGUUCACGAUGGGGCGAGGCCAAAACCUGGUCAUCAACUGGGACAUCAAGGAGGAAGUGGACGCCACGGACUGGAUCGGACUCUACCACAUCGACGAGACGUGUCCUGCCAACGUGUGGGACUCUAAGAACCGCGGGGUGAACGGCACCCAGAGAGGACAGAUCGUCUGGAGGCUGGAGCCUGGACCUUACUUCAUGGAGUCUGAGACUAAGAUCUGCUUUAAGUACUAUCAUGGAGUGAGUGGAGGCCUGAGAGCAACAACCCCCUGCAUCACCGUCAACAACCCAGGACUUCCUGUUAGAGCCGAGGGUCAAGCUGAGGGCCAAUCAGUGACAGAGAACUGUCGGAAACUCGUCAGCUUCACUUUAUCAGAUAUCCGUGCGUUGGGUCUGAAGAAGGGGAUGUUCUUUAACCCUGACCCCUACCUGAAGAUGUCCAUCCACCCUGGGAAGAGGAGUGGCUUCCCCACCUUCACACACCACGGACAGGAGCGCCGCUCCGCCAUCAUAUCUAACACCACCAACCCUGUCUGGCCCGGGGAGAAGUACACGUUUGUGGCUCUGAUGACAGAUGUCUUGGAGAUCGAGGUGAAGGAUAAGUUUUCUAAAAAGCCGACCAAUCAUCAAGCGCUUCCUGGGGACCAGCCGCUAAGCUAUAACCUGUGUCGUCGUCUGCCCACGGACCAUGACAUGACCUCUGGACAUGGUAAGGACAUGACCUCUGGACAUGACAGUAAGGACAUGACCUCUGGACAUGACGUGAACGGGGACCCUGGGAGCCCCUCUGACGAUGAAGACCCCCACCCUUCCUCCAGGGCCCGGGGCCCCUCUCCCACAGGUUCCUACUCCUCCCUGCUCAAUGGAGAGGUCCACAGGGAUGGAGACGAUGUCUGGAGUGAUGCCCGAGGGGCGGUAGGCGAGCUUGACGUCCUGGGAUUGGCAAUCCCGGGCGGCCACACCCAUCGACAGGUGUCCCUCAACGACUACUUGGAUGCCAUCGAAGCUCCUAAGGGCCCAGGAGAACGGCCCCUGGGCGCGACGUCACCAAAGCUGAGGUCCAGUUUCCCGACGAACACACGACUCAGCGCCAUGCUGCAUAUAGACUCUGAUGAAGACGAGGAGGCAGGGCCGUCCAGGGACCAUCCACCACAUGACAGGAAGCCCUUGCUGCCACUGGCCAAUGGUGUUCAGGCUGGGGUUGGGAAGGGGGCUGCCUCUUCAGAACAGGGCCUGGGGAAACAAGAGAAAGAGGGGACAGAGGGAGAUGGGGAUGGAGCUGGAGAUGGGGCUGGAGCUUUAGAUGGAGCUGGAGGGGAUGGAGCUGGAGGGGAUGGAGCUGGAGAGGAUGGAGCUGUAGAUGGGGCUGGAGCUGGAGAUGGAUCCAUGGCUGGGGUUGGAGUUGCAGUUGAAGCGAGGACUGGAGCUGGAUCCAUGGCUGUGGCUGGAUCUCUAACUGUAGCCAGACCUGGGGUUGGAGCUGAGGCCAGACCUGUAUCGGUGGUUGGUCCUGGGGCUGGAGCUGGGGCUCCUCUAUCUCCAAUACCUGAGACAAAUACUGCAGUGCAGGGGGUGUCAGAGGACACUGUUGCAGCCAGAACUGAGACCAGCCAGCAACCAACGAUCUCAGGGGCCACAGCAGCCCAGGAGCCCCUCAGGAACUCACUGCCUGCUGUUCUGAAGACAUCCACGACUCAGAAGAGACGGAAGGAAGAGGAAAUGGCGCCCAAGGCCGAGGAGGAAGGGGCGGAGUCAUCCAGUGAAGGAGCAAGUGCCAUUGCAGCCCCCCCGACGACCAGUAGCGUUGCCGACCAGGGGGGCGGGGCCUCUGGCUCCGAUGUCACAGGAGCAAGGACCGCCAGCGCAGCAGCCAAUGAGGAAGAAGAGGGUGGGGAGAUCUGGCAGAGGAGGUCCAUGCAGGCGUCUGGAGGCGUGUCUCAGGAGGAGGGGGCGCGGUCUUCUGAGGCAAGCGGUCCAAUCGACUCUUCUCAGAGUGUCUCUGAGGAGGGCAGCGAGGCAGGAGGGGCCACAGGUCAAGUCAACGGUCACCAGUCCGUCCGCUCCCUGCCCUCUGUCCGUCACGACAUGGGUCGCUACCAGAGAGUAGAUGAGCCACUUCCUCCCAACUGGGAGGCCCGUAUAGACAGUCACAGUCGUGUGUUCUAUGUGGACCAUGUGAACCGCACCACCACCUGGCAGAGACCCACCGCGCCUCCAGCACCGCAGCUCCUCCAGAGGUCCAACAGCAUACAGCAGAUGGAACAGCUCAACCGCAGGUAUCAGAGUAUACGCAGGACGAUGACCAAUGAGAGAACAGCAGAGGAGCUGACAGCUCCGCCCGAGGUGCCCACCGACGACACUGACCACCACACUAUCCCAGAGUAUCGUCGUGAUGGUGUGGUGACUCCAGAUAGUUCUCGGUCUCGUCUCAGUCUGCUCCUCCAGUCUCCCAGCGCUAAGUUCCUGACCAGCCCUGACUUCUUCACCUUGCUGCAUUCCAACCCUAGUGCCUACCGCAUGUUUACAGGUAACACCUGCCUGAAACACAUGAUCAGUAAGGUGCGUCGGGACACGCAUCACUAUGAGCGCUACCAGCACAACAGAGACCUGGUGGUUUUCCUCAACAUGUUCUCCAACAAACAGCUGGAGCUGCCCCGUGGCUGGGAGCUAAAGCACGACCACACUGGCAAGCCUUUCUUUGUGGACCACAACUGCCGGGCCACUACGUUCAUCGACCCUCGGCUCCCUCUUCAGAGCAGCACACGUCCCAGCAGCCUCCUGGCCCACCGCCAGCACCUGACCAGACAACGCAGCCACAGCGCUGGUGAAGUCAGCCCACAACACAUGGUGGGUGACCACCCUCGUCAUUCUGGAGGAGGACCCCCUGUAAUGCCCCGCCCAUCCAGCACCUUCACCCCGGUCAGCCGCACCCAGUACCAAGAUGUAGUGCCAGUGGCUUACAACGACAAGAUUGUGGCGUUUCUACGACAACCCAAUAUCUUUGAGAUCCUGCAGGAGAGACAGACAGAGUUUAUCAGGAACCACUGGCUCAGGGAGAAGGUGCAGUUGAUCCGAAAUGAAGGGGCCUCUGGUCUUGCCAGGCUGUCUGGUGAUGCAGACCUGGUCAUCCUCCUCAGCCUGUUUGAGGAGGAAGUGAUGUCAUACGUUCCGCCUCACGCCUUACUGCACCCCAGCUACUGCCAGUCCCCACGAAGCUCCCCCGUGUCCUCGCCACAGAACUCACCUGGAACACAGCGAGCUAAUGCCCGUGCCCCUGCCCCCUACAAGCGAGACUUUGAAGCCAAACUGCGAAACUUCUACCGCAAACUGGAGACCAAGGGCUAUGGCCAGGGUCCAGGGAAGUUAAAGUUGAUCAUCCGUAGAAAUCAUCUCCUGGAGGAUGCCUUCAACCAGGUCAUGUGUUACUCCCGGAAAGACCUGCAGAGGAGCAAGCUCUAUGUCAGCUUCCUGGGAGAGGAGGGGUUGGACUACAGCGGCCCGUCCAGAGAGUUUUUCUUCCUGGUGUCCAGAGAGCUGUUCAACCCGUACUACGGCCUGUUUGAGUACUCUGCCAACGACACCUACACCGUUCAGAUCAGCCCCAUGUCUGCCUUCGUAGACAACCAUCACGAGUG